UGUGAUAAACUCGCAAGUGUUUGAACUUUGUAUUAUAAUUUAAUAUAACUAAACGCCUUAAUAUAAUUAUUACAUUUAAUACAAAAUAUGUCUUCCUUGUGCAAUUUACUGAAGCAAGUCCAAAAGACAUCAUCGGUUUUAAAGAUUCCUAUUCGUAAUCUGAACUUAUUGGAAUACCAAAGCAAACACUUGCUAAGGGAAAAUGGAGUUGCUGUGCAAGACUUUUGCAUGAUCGAUGCUUCAGGUGACAAAGAACUUGAAAAAUUCAAUGUUAAAGAAUACGUUAUUAAAGCGCAAAUCCUUGCUGGCGGCCGUGGUAAAGGCCAUUUCUCAAAUGGUUAUAAAGGGGGUGUUAAAAUUACUGAAAAGAGAGAUGAAAUUAAAGGGAUUGUUAACAACAUGCUUGGUCAUAAGUUGAUCACCAAACAGACCCCCAAGGAUGGUAUUUUGGUUAAGAAAAUUAUGGUUGCUGAGAGUGUGAAUAUCAUGAGAGAAACUUAUGUUUGCAUCGUUUUGGAUCGAUCACAGAAUGGUCCUGUUAUCAUUGCCUCCCCAGCUGGUGGUAUGGACAUUGAAGGUGUUGCUGAGAAAACGCCUCACUUGAUCAAGAACCUUCCAAUUGAUAUCUUUGAGGGUAUCACAGAUAGCAUGGCAAAUGACAUUGCUACAUUUUUGGAGUUCAAAGGUGACACAAAACCAAAAGCAGCUCAUGAGAUCAAGAAACUGUGGGAAUUGUUCAAGAAAGUUGAUGCCACUCAGAUUGAAAUCAACCCAUUGGUGGAAACUGAUGAUGGAAAAGUCGUUUCAGUGGACGCCAAACUGAAUUUUGAUGAUAACGCCAAGUUCAGGCAAAAGGACAUCUUUGCAAUGGAUGAUGAAUCAGAGAGUGACCCCAGAGAGGUUGAAGCAGCUAAAUACAAUUUGAAUUACAUUGGAAUGGGUGGAAACAUUGGGUGCUUGGUUAAUGGUGCUGGUUUAGCGAUGGCCACCAUGGAUAUCAUUAAAUUGUAUGGAGGUGAUCCAGCGAAUUUCUUAGAUGUUGGUGGUAGCGUAAAGGAGGACCAGGUCAAGAAAGCAUUUGAAUUAUUAACCAAAGACAAGAAAGUCCAAUCUAUUUUGGUUAACGUGUUUGGUGGAAUUGUGAACUGCGCCACAAUUGCAAACGGCAUUGUAAGUGCCUGUAAAUCUAUGAAAUUGGAGAUUCCAUUAGUUGUACGUUUAGAAGGGACCAAUGUUGAUGAAGCAAAGAGAAUUAUCAAGGAAUCUGGACUUCCUAUCUUAGCUGCUGAGCAUUUAGACGAUGCCGCGCAAAAAGCAGUUAAAAGUGUACAAUAAUAACAUACUCUAUCUACUCCAGCCAAUUAUUUAAGUACCUCAAAUAACAUUUUUAUACAAGAUACAUUUUUUAUACUGUUGUUGUUGUUUCUAAAAUGAGAAAAUAUUUA